AUGUCGACGACAACCGUCACCACGACGGCCGAGACCAUCACGGCCGACACCCUGCUGCGACUCUUCCCAGACAUCGACACGAGCUCCGAGGCCCUCGACGGUCACGAUGAGGAGCAGAUCCGUCUGAUGGACGAGGUCUGUAUCGUCCUGGAUUACGACGAUGCACCCAUCGGCAAGGCCAGCAAGAAGAUUUGCCACCUCAUAUCCAACAUUGACAAGGGUCUCCUCCACCGUGCCUUCUCCGUCUUCCUGUUCAACGAGAAUAACGAGCUCCUCCUCCAGCAGCGUGCCUCGGAGAAGAUCACAUUCCCCGACAUGUGGACUAACACCUGCUGCUCUCACCCUCUGGCCGUUUCUGGCGAGACGGGAUCCACGCUUCCCGAGGCCAUAGAGGGUGCCAAGCGCGCCGCCCAGCGCAAGCUCGACCAGGAACUGGGCAUCAAGAACGAUCAGGUCCCCAUUGACAAGUUCAAGUUCCUCACCCGUAUCCACUACAAGGCUCCCAGCGACGGAAAGUGGGGAGAGCACGAGAUCGACUACAUACUCUUCAUCAAGGCCAAAGUUGACGUCCACCCGAACGAGAACGAAGUCCAGGCCACCCAGUACGUCACGCCUGAUAGCCUCAAAAAGCAGCUCGAUGACCCCAGCCUCACCUUCACGCCCUGGUUCAAGCUCAUCUGCCACACUAUGCUCUUUGAGUGGUGGGAGCACCUCGACUCUGGUCUCGACGCCUACCUCGGCGAAACGGACAUUCGCCGCAUGUGA